AUGCCUGCCAGCAAGGGAGCUAAGAAGGCCGCCAGCAAGGCGAAAGCUGCUCGCAGCACGGACAAGAAGCACAAGAGAAGGCGAAAGGAAAGCUACUUUAUAUACAUAUACAAAGUGCUGAAGCAGGUUCACCCGGACACGGGCAUCAGCGGCAAAGCCAUGUCAAUAAUGAAUUCGUUCGUCAAUGACAUCUUUGAACGAAUCGCAGCCGAAGCUUCUCGCCUCGCCCACUACAACAAGAGAUCCACAAUCACCAGCAGAGAAAUCCAGACGGCCGUCAGGCUUCUGUUACCCGGCGAGUUGGCCAAGCACGCCGUCAGCGAAGGCACCAAGGCCGUCACCAAGUACACCAGCUCAAAGUAA